AUGUCGAGCGCACCACCCUCGCCCACUACGCUACCACCCCCGCCGUACACCGAACUCGCUCCGGCGUCCAAAGCGGAACCACCCGCACGGUCAACAUCGUCAUCGUCCUCGUCCUCGUCCUCGUCGGCGAUUGCUACGCCACUGCCGUCGUACACGUCGUCGCCCGUGCUCCGCGCCACCCCUGCAACCACAGCGCCGUUCACACCGCUAAAGCUGUCCACCCCCACCCCCAUCCCCACGACUACCUCACACCCUAGCGGCAGCACCCCUACCGCUGCGGGCGCGGGACAUACGGCACACGCGCUCACCCGAACUGUUGCACUCACGUUGGUCGCCUGCUUGGGCCCUACGGCGGUCGACACCCUCUGGCUCGCACUCCUCAAUGCAGCCGGCAUGCUGCUGACGCUCGUCCAGCUCCCGUCGGCGCUUGUCCUCGCCGUGGAGUCUCACACCGCUGCCCACAUGGGCCUGCGACAGGGCGCGGGUAAGGCCGGCGUGCAAGGCAAGCAGGGCUCGGGCACGGGCGUGCCGGCAGGGCCAGUCGACGAGGGCUGGAUGAUGCUGUUCACCGGCAUCAUGUGGGACUGCCAUGACUGGUUGGAGGAGGCAGAGCUCGAGCCUCCGUCACAUUGGGUGUGA